GCUGUCUCCAGUUUACAGUAUGCACAUGAAAUUCGCCAUGGCACAAGCAAACAAAUUAAGACUCUGCUUCACCCACUCACUUCUCUUCAAAUUCUCUUCUUCAAAACUCCCAUUAACGUUUCUACAGCAACACUUCCUUAGAUCAUUCUGCACCCACAACAAACCCACCAUCAACACCAAGGUAAACUUUUCACCCUCCCAUUCCGAUUCCGAUUCCGACACCGAAAACGAUUUCAUAAAGAAAGAAAUCGACAAAUCCCAACUCCCUCCUCCCUACAAUCCUUUCGACAAGAAACCCAUUCCCGAAAACUCCGACGAUCCCAACAAUCUUCAGUUAAUCUUCCACAAAAUGCGGUCCGAGGGUCUCCAAAACAAUGCAGUCAAGAUGUUCGACGCAUUGUCCAAAGACGGACUCACCCACGAGGCCUUACAACUCUUCUCCCACAUUAAAAACAAAGGCCAUAUGCCUGACGUGGUGGCUUACACAGCUGUGAUCGAAGCAUACGCGAAUGCCGGUGGUCAGUCUAAGGAGGCUCUCAAGGCGUUUAUGAAAAUGCUGGCUGUUGGGGUUGCUCCUAAUGCUUAUACUUACACUGUGCUUAUUAAAGGGCUUGCUGGUGAUGGGAAGUUGAGUGAUUCUAGUAAGUAUUUGUUGAAAAUGAUGGGUAAGGGUAUGCGUCCGAAUGCGGGUACUUAUGGUGCGGUGUUUGAAGCGUAUGCGAAGGCGGAGAAGGUCGAGGAGGCGAAAUUUCUGUUGCAGCAGAUGAGGGGAAAAGGGUUUGUGGCCGAUGAGAAGGCGGUGCGAGAGGUUCUGAGUAACAAAAGAGGUCAGGUGUUUAGAACUGUCAUCAACAUUCUGUUUGAUAAGUAGUUGUUGCUGCGUCCGAUGACAAGUGGUGCUGUUUACGGGGUUGAAUAUUUUUGCGGCUAUCAAACUAUAACCUUAAUUUUAAAAAGUUACAAAACGGUUAUAAACGGUUAUCAAAUCAUAA